CAAUUUUGGCGAAUGGUUUGAAUUCCUGAUACAGAUUUGCAGUGUGUCUAUAUCGUCUAUAGAAUACAAAUGAUUCUUUUUCUGUGUAUUAUUGGUUUUGAACUGUUAUUGCUUAUUCAAGGUCUAGAAAUAUCAUCAAAGUUCGUGUCUGGCGAUGUUAUAUUCAAUUGGGGCCAUUCUCCUGGUCCCUCUGAGUUCGAUGUAUUGAUUACGUUGGAUAACGUUUCAAGUAGCUGGACUCUGGUUAACGAUACACAGUACACUGUUAGAAACGCCUUGUUGCAUAAAGCAAUCAACAUCAGAAUAAGACCAUUGGCAUUGGAGCAGGAAGAAAGUGAAAGGACGUUUAAAGUUUCUAAAGUAAAAACGCAGAUAAGAAACAAUGUCAAUAUAACAUGGAUAGCUCCAUAUUUUCCAUCUUCCGGUUUCUAUCACGUUUAUCACACAUACCAAGUCAACAGAAGUAUAUUCAAUAUAAAAAGCAGUGGAGUUCAGUAUCAUGAAAAGGAUAGGCAUCUAACCAAGUACAAUUAUCUUACAAGGCCUUAUGAUUCAACCAAUAUCGCGUUUAUGAUAAGGAACACGACAUUGGAGGAUGCUGGGUAUUAUGCCGGUGGAGUUUCCUCUGACGCUGCGUGGAUGGAAGGGGGCGUUGUUCUUAUUGUGCUGGAUAAACCUUCAAAACCAAAAGUUAAUGGAGAUACAGACAAAAUGAUAAAUACGUAUGCCGCGCUGACAUGCUCCAGUAAUUCAACAUCUGCCCCUGACUACUAUUCAAAGCUCGUCACCUUGUCUUACACCUGGUUUGUCAAUGACACAAAGAUGAAUGGAGAAACCGAUGAGACCCUUAGAUUUCAAGUCACCAGAGCUCACAAAUACAAUCGGUACUCGUGUGAAGCAACAGCAAUGGAACUGGAGUCGUAUCGAAGCGAUACAGUGCAUAUCAAUCCUCUGUACGGACCAUUGAAAAUAAUAUUGACUCCACAACCCAAAUUGAACAGGUUUUAUACACUGACCAUAAGAGAAGGGCAGACAAUCGGUCCAUAUCAAUGUAAAGUUGAUUGUAACCCGCCCUGUAACAAAACAUGGAAAUAUAAAGAUUCUUCAGGAUCCAUCUCUGUCAUCUCAAAGGAAGGAAUGUUAGAGCAACAACGCCUAAAUAGGAAUAUUUCCGUGUUACUUUGUGAAGCGAAAUGGGGAAAUGACACAGUGAUAAACAAAAGUAUCACUCUUGACGUUCAAUACCUAGAAAAACCAAUUAUCUUUAUAAAUGACAUGAUGACUUCUAACUGGGAAGAAAAGCAACACACGCCAUUGCAAAUAUCAUGCUAUGUGGAUGGAAACCCGCCUCCUACUAUUCGUCUGAUUAGGGGUCAGGGAAAUUCUAAAAUUAUUUUGGAGGAGCAAGUAGACAAAUGGUUGAACUACGCUAUAGAAUCAUCCCAAUGCUAUGAUUCAGAUAAUUAUAUCUGUGCUGGAUCAUCUUCAGCAUUCAACAGCAGUACAAACAUGUUUAAAAUCAACGUACUGUGUAAACCAAGAAUUGACGACUCUUUAUAUUUCAAAACAAUAUAUGGUUCAAAAAGUGGAAGCAAUAUCACAGUCAAAGUAACUGUUCCAUUGGUUGCAAAUCCUGCUCCAGAGCCAUCCAAUUUCACAUGGGUUUCUCCUGAGUCACAGCCAAACAGUACAAUCAUUUUGCAAGGCGACGUUAUUUACAAACACUGCAUAGAAAGUACCGUAGAAAUGUAUGAUCGGAAUCAUUUUGGAAACUAUACAUUGAUGUACAACGGAGAAACAGUCGCAACAAUUACAAUUAUUCCAGAGGAUAAGCCUUGUCCUCCCGUCAACUUCACUGUGUAUUUUAUGACCAAUGGUUACAUAAAUCUGACGUGGAUUUCAGAGUUCGAUGGAGGACUCGAACAGUUAUUUAUUUUGUCCUUACAAGAAGGGGCAAACCUGAGAGAAGUUGCAAACAUAACCGAUCCUGGAGAGGGCAAAUUAGCGCAUGUCGAAUUUGGACCAUUGACCCCAGGAGAGGAACACGUGUUCCAGUUGCAGAGUUGUAACAGUAUCAAUUGUUCUUCGUUUGUCGAUGAUAUCAGAGUAACAGUAAAAGGGGAUGAAUUUGCAGAAACGAGUUUAACUGUAGUAUUCGUCAUCUGUUUUUCUGUAAUUGGAUUGGUAUUAAUAAUGGCGGGCAUAUUUGUUUGCUUCAAAAUAACACGCGGAAGUUUCCGCCAAACCGGCAAACCUGGUGACAAAAACAUUGAUACAAAGAGCCAUGAAAUGACUCAACACUACGAUGAUUUACAUGGUACAGCACGAGAGGUGGCGUAUACGGCGUUAGGACAAUCAGAAAUGGAAACUACAUAUGAGGACAUGUAAACAUACAAAGUAUAUGUACAAAGUGCUCUGUGAUUGAUAAACCAAAAUUAUUAGAAACCAUUUGCU